AUGCCCAACGUACAGGGUUUCAGCGCAGCGCGAGCGCGCUCGUAUGUCUUCCGGGUGCCGCUGUUCACUCGCGCCAUGGUCGUCAUCAUGGUGGCUUUCUGGCUCGCGAGCCUGCAGAGCGUAUGGGAUUUGCAGCAAUGGGGCUCCCUGAUACCGAAUGAGAUCAACAUAAAGACAAUGUAUCGAGUAAACACGUUCCCGCUCAUCCACCGAAACUUCAUCCACGCCAUCCUCAACAUCCUGGCCUUGACGCCCUUGCUCGAAAGAUUCGAAACUGAAUUUGGCACCUUGACCUCGCUAGCCCUAUUCUUUGGUCCUCUGACCACAAUACCGGCGAUUGCCUACGUGCUAUUCGAGCGAUUGGUGACAGGCGGGAACACUGCUGUGAUGGGAGCUAGUCUCUGGGUGUUUCUUUUGUUGGGCAUGGAGGCCGUCCGAACCUACAAGAACAACCCGUACCUUGUUGUUGGCACACACCACGUCCCAACUUGGAUCACGCCGUUGGUCAUGGUUUUCGUCGUUGAGGCUCUAAUUCCCAACACAAGUUUCAUGGGCCACCUCUGUGGCGUGGUUACUGGAUAUCUCUUCGGACUCGGAUACCUGAAGUUCCUCUCUCCACCCGAGAAAGUACUGCGCUGGCUCGAAGGCCGGUUGAACCUCCUGGGCCGGCUACCACACUACGUCAGUGUUGACCAGAAGACAUAUGGCAGGUUUGGGGUAUUGCCAUCGAGCAACUCGGGCAGCGGGACCACGCCAGUAGGGUUGAUGGGCAGCACGCAACGACUGGGCCCUUAG